GGAAGUCUGACUUGAAGACGUGUGCGGUUAUCAGCUGGACGAAUGGACCAAUCACUGCAGCGAACGCGCUCGUCGUCAUCGCUAGCGCCCCCUUUGUCCGAAAACCCGACAGGUCCGCUCAGUGGGCCGUCGACUAUUGCAUGGCGAAGGCAACGUCUGCUCCGAAUAGGCAGCAGCACGACGACGCCAACCAUCCUCAACAGAGUCAGCACAGCAGACGAGCUCACUUCUCUGCGCUCCAAUACAGACUCGACGGAUUACGGCACCCUCCUCGUAGCCCCAAAGCCAAAGCGCACGACCAGCGGCAACAUCGGUAGCUUUCGUCUCAGACGCCACCUUCCUGCUCUUCCAGGCAUCGACCUCCCCCACAGUGCUUCUUCAAACCCCACCUCGCCUCUCCAUUCACCCUCUUCUCUGCGAGAUCGCUCUUAUUUUCGUAGCAGGCUACUCCAACGCCCCAUAUCUGCGUAUGAUGCCCCCCUCAUCAGCUCAAAGCCAGACCAGCCGAACGAGGACGCAGAUGUACGCACAAACGGUAUACGGGUGUGGUACUCCUCUUUCUCAUCUAUCGACUGGCUGCAUGACGCAAUCAAAGACUCUGUUCGCUUUUCCCGAUUAAGAAGGGGUAAAUCUAUACGCUCUCGCAUCCGCCUGGCUUUCGACAAAAGUCUUGGUUGGAUCAUCGUCACCAUCGUAGGCUUUCUCACUUCUGUUAUCGCUUUUCUCGUCAUCCGUGGAGAACAAUGGUUAUUUGACGCAAAAGAAGGCUAUUGUACUACCUCUUUAUGGAGAGCAAAGAGUUUUUGUUGUCCAACUACAUCUGACGAUCUUUUAUUAUCUAAUGAUACCGAUUGUCCUGCAUGGAGAACAUGGUCAUAUGCGUAUGAAUCUUGGACGCACGGAGGUCAGGUGCUGGACGGAGAUCAUGAAAACAUGGUAGAAUAUAUUGCUUAUGCUUGUGUCGCGCUGCUCUUGGCCGUGACGUCUGCGUUACUCACUAUUCAUCUUACUGCGUCAACUUCUUUCAUCACUCGCAAAGAAUCUGGUGUUCUCUCGCCUGAAUUUGGCAACGGAAAAGAUACUACGUCAUCGCCUACUUCGUCCCCUGAAACCCAGCCUAAACGCAAGCUCAUGUAUUACGCCGCUGGAAGUGGCAUACCCGAGAUCAAAACCAUACUUUCUGGUUUCGUUAUCCACGGGUAUCUCGGGGGUCGUACUCUCUUUACAAAGUCUGUCGGGCUUGCCCUUUCGGUCGCUUCUGGUCUUUCACUCGGCAAAGAAGGCCCAUUUGUCCAUAUCGCAAGUUGUAUAGGUAAUAUAGUGAGCCGCUACAAUAGCAAGUACGAAAAUAAUGAGGCCAAAAGGCGUGAAAUCCUCAGUGCCGCGUGUGCUGCUGGUGUCGCUGUAGCUUUUGGUGCUCCUAUAGGCGGAACCCUUUUCAGCUUGGAAGAAGUGUCAUACUUCUUCCCACCAAAGGUCAUGUGGAGAAGUUUCUUCUGUGCUAUGAUAGCAGCGAUCACCCUGAGGUUCCUUGAUCCUCUAGGGACAGGGAAACUAGUUUUAUUCCAGGUUACCUAUGAUAGAGAUUGGCAUGCAUACGAACUAGUCUUCUUUCUUCUCCUCGGCGCAUUCGGGGGUGUUUACGGUGCAUACUUCUCCAAACUCAACUACCGCUGGAGUCGCGAUGUACGCGGCGCCACGUGGUUAAGGACGCAUCCUAUUGCUGAAGUCAUCCUUGUGACACUCGCCACCACCAUCUUGUGCUUUUUGAAUCCCUACACCCGCAUGGGUGGGACUGAGCUAGUCUACAAUCUCUUCGCCGAAUGUCGCACAGGGAGUGGCAAUACCCACUCAGGGCUCUGCGUGCUCGAUCCAGGAAGUCUUAGCCACCUUUGGCCAGUCGUCCGAGCGAUUCUUAUCGCGAUGGUCGUCAAGGGUGCAUUGACCAUCGUGACCUUCGGAAUCAAAGUCCCUGCAGGUAUUUUCAUCCCCACCCUUGGGGUCGGUGCGUGUGCUGGCCGAAUUGUUGGCAUCGGCGUUCAGUGGCUGCAGUAUCAAUACCCCAACAGCCGGGUUUUUGGUGUCUGCGGUGGGGAUAUGGAUUGCGUGAUCCCUGGGCUGUAUGCUAUGGUUGGUGCAGCCGCAGCAUUAUCCGGAGUGACGCGGACGACUGUUUCAUUGGCCGUCAUUAUGUUCGAGCUGACGGAUACUCUCACGUAUGCCGUGCCUGUGAUGUUGUCUGUUCUUGUCGCCAAGACCGUCGCCGAUGCACUUGAACCCAAGGGCAUCUACGACCUCGUGAUUGAACUUUCCCAGCUCCCAUAUUUGGAUGCCAAGCAUGAGUACUUAUGGGGAAACCUUUCAAUUAACGAUGUGACCGACCGUGAUGUGGAUGUAAUACAUCUGGACCGUACGAAUAAUGUGGAGAGCUUAAGAGAUCAGUUGCAGAAUUUGCUUAAUGAUGGGCAUGAUGAUAGCGGCUUCCCAAUCGUCAAACAAAGUGUCCAAGAUGGGAUGAGGAUGAUUGGUUAUAUCGGCGCUAGCGAGCUGGAGCACGCUCUAACCAUCGUCGCAGAGGACGCAAAUGAGGAGGUCCACUUCAAUACGACGUACACGCACGAGGAUAUGGCUGCUUCGUUUUCGUCUUUAGUAGACAAUGCUUCGCAUGCGGGUGUCGAUCCGUUCGAUUUCAGCGUAUACAUGGAUGACGCCCCUUUGACAAUUCAGUCCAACGCCCCGUUGGAGCUCGUCCACCAGUUUUUCGUCAAGCUCGGCGCACGAUACGUUGUUGUCACAGACACAGACGGUGACUAUGAAGGCAUUAUUGACAAGAAGACAUGGGUGGCAUUCCUCGCUCACCUUGAAGAAAAAUGAUGAUGUAAUCAUUGUUGCUGUUAUUGUUCAACUACACUUAUACCCCAUGUUGUUGUUUUCUCUUUUGACACCAUCAUUUAUCUAAUUUUUCCUGUCUUUUGUCAUACCCAUGCGUAUCAUCCGACCAUCUUGCAUAGCUAGGACUCCUUAGUUUUGGCGUCGGACAUCCGGUUAAUACCAUGUAUCACAUACAAUAACUCUCAUUUUCUUUCGUAAUUCAUUAUAUGUACUCAUUCAAAACUGUGGGGACGCAUUGACAUGUUGACAGGUUGCAGUUUGAAAUGACACAACGUUGUUUUCUUUC